AGACUCCUCGGUUAGAUCGAUGUUGUCACACUUGUCACGUGAACAGUACGAGGAUUCUCUCAUGUGAUCCUUUCGGCUUUCGAUAGCUGUGAAUAGUCCGUUCGCGUUACGGUCCCUGGCUGCGCGUUCGUUCGCCGUGAUUUUUCGUGGGAUCAGCGAUAGGAUAGGAUAAAAGCAUGGGCGCCUCCGCGAUACCUGUGAUAGCCUUCACGCUCCUCUGGGGUAUCGUGCUAUUCCUGGGAGUAGCCCUGCCACUUUUCGUCCCGAAGGGACCGAACCGUGGAAUACUACAAGUUCUACUGGUAUUAACGGGCUUUACGUGCUGGUUAUUCUGGCUGUGUUGCUACAUGUCGCAGAUGAAUCCACUGAUUGGGCCAAAGUUGGACCGCGUAACCGUCCUAGUUAUGGCUCGAGAAUGGGGUAAUCCUAUCGAAGAUCAUUGAACAUUCCGCGGUAGGCGAAACUGUUGAUUUCAAAUAUGUAUAUCCAUUCCCCGACGUUACUUUUAACGAAAUUGUUUAAUUAUAAGUGUAAAGUUAUGUACGAAUUAUAUAACAGCGCCUGCAUGUAUUCCUACAAAUGGAAUUUCUAAAAGUGGAAUGAUUGUAAUUCAUUCGGUUAUACAUUGCUAAUUUAAUAUGUAUAUAAAGUAUCUAUUGUUAUUGCUUAGAAGUGUGUAAGAAUUUUAAUGUAAUGAUUACUUGAAAAAUUAUUUUUAGAAGUGUCGCAUCUAGAUAUUCGUGUGCAAUGGAUGAUAGCAGAGCCAUUUUGAUCACUAGCGAAAUUUAAUUGGAUCGGUGGAAAACUGCGUUUUAAUUAUAGGUCUGUUUCUUGUAGCCGAACAGGUGCGGCCAGUUAAAAUAAUGUAAUUGUAAUUAACUGGA